GUCACUAAUGCACUCAACAAAAUGAAAGGAUUUUUUAGUUUAUCAGUGCCAAACAUGCAUCAUCCAGUCAAUUCCAUCUCUAAUUCUUCCUCACAACAAUUUUUCGACUUAAAACCGAUUAAAGGCCCUCGAGCUCCACAUCCAGUAAAUCCAUUCAUUUCUUUCUCUACAACAAACUCUCCUUUUACUUCAAAUAACUCUCUCAUCUGUCUGCCAGCCCCGUCUGGCAAUAAUGAAAGAGAAAGAAAUGAAAAUAACAAAAUACAACGCCCAUCUAAUUCUACACAUCAGCAGCUGCGGGCUGACAAACUCUCUACUAAUUCUUCACUCUCUGGCCAACAACACAAUAAAAAUCCGAGGAGAUAUUUCCUUCAGGAAUUAUUCCACCAACAACAACAACAAUGUACAUUUGGAAAUUUUUUUGAUUCGGUAUUUUCUUUUCUAAAUCUUCAUAAUUAUUUUUUAAAGUUAAAACAAACAACAUUAAUGGCCUGUUGUUUUUGUUGUUGCCCAAUAUUUCGUUGUGUUUUGUGGUUUUGCGUUUUUGAAUUAAUUUGCACAAUUUAUUGUUGGUAUUGUGAAUUAAAUAAUUUAUUUAGAAUGCACACAAAUAUUGAAUUAAAUAAUAUUAUUAUUCUUUUAAUUAUUUCUGGUUGGUUAAUUACUUUAAUUGUUUCGACUGUUUCUAUUUGUUUAGCAAAAUAUAAAGAUGAUGCACAAUGGAUUUUGCCUAGAUUGGUCCAACAAACAGGUCUUUUAAUUUUUGGAUUUUUAAUUGCCCUUCUUUUGGUUAUUUACUUUUCUGGAGCAUCUCAAACAAUAAAUAAUAUUUUAAUUUCAAUUUAUGAAAAUCUUUAUUCCGAAAAUAUUUCAAUUGAAGAAAGACAAGGAAUUCAUGAGGAUUUAAGAUUUUAUUUUCUUAUUUUAAUCCCUUUGACUUUCUUUUUUAUUUGUUAUAUUGCCACGGCAUUGUGUGCAACAAAAAAAUAUUAUAGAGAAAUGCUCUUUAGAAAUCGUCCCUUUCAGGCAAUUUUUAAAUUAAAAUAUAGUAAUUUAAUCAAAACAGCAACGUAA